UAUUGCAUAUUUGUUUCGAAUUUUGGCUACGUGCCAAGAAGUCGUAAGUAGGUGAUGUCGACAGUGUCACUACCUACUUAAUGACCGAUUAAUAAAGAUAGUAAUCAAAAUCUUUAGCUAUCUUAAUUUCGAUAAACAAAAGGAGGGGAACAUUUAAAAUCAUCCGUUAGUUUGCCAUCAAGCGCGUUUGUCGCAGGACGCGACGGAACGUAAAUAAUUUUUUAAUCUGUUUUGUUUGGACUUUUACGUCAAAGGGUUUCUGUGAUGUGAAUUUUUGUUUACUUGCCAAGAAAUUAUUAUAUUUUGGUUUGUUUGAUUCAUUUCCAAUUUUGUAUUUUCACACGUAAAUAGUUUUUUUGAUAACAAAAUGGACAUGCAAGUGGAAAUCUAUGCAGGUGAUGUGAGGUACGAAAGAACAUGGGUGGAACAAAUAAUUUUGCAAUUGGCUGAUAUGUUCGAUAUCCGGAUAGUAUGGGACAGCAAUGCAGCCUUACUGACUACCGUUAUGGCAGUCGCUGGUGGAGUCAUGGGCGGGUAUGCAGGCGGACGGCUCGGAGCUGCUCUGGGUGCCGGGAUUGGUGGAGCCACGGGGUUCGGAGUUUCAACUGUAGUAACACUUCGAGAAAUAUGGGCAACUGUCAAAGAGAAGCUGAGUGAGCUUCUGUACAUAGUAUUAAACUACCUCCGGAGGCUGGAUCCUCUUGACUACCUGGAAGCCUUCCAGAUCCUCAUGAGGUGCACAGCAAGCCGGAGAGAGCUGGUCUUCACAAUCAUUGAGUUCAUCGCUCAGAAGCUCAACAAGGAAGUCAUGUCAAAUAUGAUUUAUCAAUGAAAAGGUAAAAAACAUUAACAGUAGAAACUUGUAAUUUUGUUAGGUCUCAAUUCUACAGUUCAUUGUUUAUUAUCAAUAAUUUAUGUAAACACGGGGAUAUUAAUAUAUUCAUUGUGGUUUGACUACAUCAAAAUAUUGUAUGUAAUCCUUAAUGAAAAGUUGAACACAUUUCAAGUUUUAAAUAUUAAUUGAAGAAAUUGAAAUUUCAAGUCUCAACGUAUUGACUGGACUAGAUCAAAUAAAAGCUAUGAUGAGGCAAAUAGUCAAGUAAGAUUAAUAAAUAACAUUUCAAUGAAUUUCAAAAUUAUGAUUAAGAUCUCUGUAUCUGCAUCUACAACAGUAGUCUGCUUGUAGAUAGAAAAAAACAAUAUCUUGUGUGGUUUUAAUUAAUAAAAAAAUGGUAGACUGCACAUUGUGUGAUUAGACAUUAAUUGCUCAAAUAUCUUUUAACAAAAUGAUAAACUUAUUUUAUGUAUUUCUUUAGAUUAGAUAGUAAUUCACCUCAUUAAUUAAAUGCGGUCAUGAGGAAGACGAUUUUGAAGAUACAUAAUUUAUUCAUGUCCUUGGUUCCAUACUAUGAAUAAACCAUAUUGUUUUUGUAUCAACAAAAUAUAUGUUUGUAACAAUGUACCUACAUUUGUUUGUGAUAAACAGAAUAUAGUGUAAUUUUGUGAUAUCAAACUAAUAAUGAAUGAGACAGGUUACAACCACUUUUUUUUCAUUUUUUUUGUUGUACAAAAGUAAUUUGCCUGACACAAUGUUUGUCUGUUCGUAUAGUGAUAUAAAUACAUGAUAUAUACAAAAUAAUAUUUUUAUAUAAAUAUGCAUGUACCUAUGUAGCUCAAUUCUAAAAUGUUAAACAGAACCAUCCUAUAUCACACAUAAUUACCGUUCCUAUUCAAUGUUAUCAAUAAUUUGCCAAUAACUUAAUAAUUAUUGCCUUAUUUCUGGCCUACAAUAGCACAGGUAAUAUUUACCUUUGCUCAAAUCAAAGAAUAUUUGUGUUACUUUUGAUAAGCAACAUAAAAACUUCAAGAUUAAACCGGUUGCCAUCUACAAAAUUAUCGGCGCGAUAAAAUAAAACUAAAUUCGUUUGGGUGUCUCUUCUCAUAAACACAAAAUGUAUUCAUUUAUUCCGUUUCAAUGUUGUAACUGACCUCUUUCGUUUAUCGCGGUUCGCUUAUCGCCUCGGCUUUGGAAGACAAACAUUUGGACACUGGAAUUCGUUCUUGUUUGAACUCUGUUCGGGGAAUCCCCGGCCCAUAGAAGGCCCACGCAUCACUAACAAUAUCAAUUUAAAUUAAAUUGCACUGUGAUUGAUUUAUAAUUAUUAACUAACCUCAGAUAAGUAAUUACAUUCAUUAUCACUCAAUUAAAAUUACUUAAAUAAUAAUAUAUUUUUUUGUGUUUAAAUUAGUUUUUAGAACUUGCUUUAAAAUGAUGUCCGAAAACCUGUAUUACACAAGUGCCUUAAUUUUGUAUCGAGAAAUAAUGUAAAAUAUAUAGUUGUAUCUUAUCAAUAUAGUUUUUAUAAAUCAAAGACAUGUGAAGUAGAAAACAGUUAGCAUAAUAUCAAUUAUAUUGUAAUAAAAUAUGUAUUUUUGUACUUUUUUUAAGUUACCAUUCUCUUAAUACGAAUUUCAUUUUGUUUUGUCCAAAUAUUUUUAUGUUAUUGUAGUCUCAACCUUCUUACUCUUAUGUUAUAAAUUGUUUUUCAAUGGUCUCAAGCAGUGGCGUAGCGUGGGUAUCUGCCGCCCGGGGCAGUUGUCGAUUUAGCCGCCCCUUCCCGUGUAUUUUUUUUAACAAGUGUUACUGGCCGUUUGUCAUUUUUAACCGACUUCAAAAACAGGGUUUUUUUUUGUAUCGACGUUAAAAAUCAUCAAAUGACCCUUCCCGCUGUGGGUUAACAGCGGUGAGGGAGUGUCAGACUCUUACUGACUAAACACCGUCGUGUUCCUUCGAAGGCCUUUUAUGUUCCAGAGCCGCGGUAACUCUUUCGAACAACCCGCAGCCCCGGCAGAAGGGGGAGGUUCUCAAGUAGAUUUUUCUUUUAUAUCUUUGUUACUUGAAAUCUUGAAGUACUGAAAGUUCCAAAUGCGCGAGCGAAGCGAGCGCGAAAUUUUUAUCGGACUUUAACCAAAAAUGACGUAAAAUGUAGCCCAAACGUACUUAACGUUUUGUUUGUUGACAAAUGCAAAAAUAAGGGCCCAUUACAUAGUUUCUGAAUACGCGAGCGAAGCGAGCGCGAAAUUUUUAUCGGACUUAAAACAAAUAUUACGUAAAAUUUAGCCCAAACGUACUUAACUUUUUGUUUGUUGACAAAUGCAAAAUUAAGCGCAUACAGUUUCUGAAUACGCGAGCGAAGCGAGCGCGAAAUUUUAAUUAUUUUUUAUUUAAGACUCAAAACCAAAAUUACGUAAAAUGUGUCUCGUGUGUUUUAAGUACCUGACAAUAAUUAAUUUUAAGUUUAAAAAUUUUCAACUUUCUUGUUUAAUGUUUUGUUAUUGUUAGACAGUUUUAUGUAGUUGCGAACAAUUUUUUUUUAAUUGGGUAAAUUUUGCCGCCCCCUAAAAGCUGCCGCCCGGGGAAUUUGCCCCCCCUGCCCCCCCCACGCUACGCUACUGGUCUCAAGUUAUCUAAAGAUCUUAAUAAAAUGUAUAGUAAUGUUAUUUUAUUAUUUGUCCAAGAUUUAUGUUAUGACAAUCAUGUGGAUAAGCUCUUAGUUUAAGUUUGAUGCAACUUUUUAUUUGCUUUAUUUUGUAGCGUUUUGUCAAUGGUGUUGGAAAAUAAAUCACCUAUGUUUUAUAA